GCCCAUUUCCAAGGGCAUGAAUUGGGACUGCUCAGAGCGUUUCGCGCCUGGAGCAGGAACGCAGCGAGAGCGGCAUUGGAGACAAACCAUCAUUGUCAGAGCAGGACCAUUGUCCCAAAAUAGAUUCUUGCACUCAGUGUGCAAAAGGCUGAUCACGCACAGUAUGGAGGAGCAGUUGGGAGCAAGAGCAGCAGAAGUGCAGUGGGAGCCUGAGUUGGCGGAGCUGUGGGACAGAGCGCAAUCCACCAUGUCCUGGUGGAACAGGGCCCCAAACAUCACCAGGAUGCACAUUGAGCUGAACAAGAGCUCCCAGGACUGCCAGCCAAAUGAAGUGCGUGCAUUUAACUUCUCUUUGUCAAAUGCUGGCAAAGAUAAUCCUCAGGGAAACUUUGACUGUGUCCAGCAAACUGGCUCAACUUACGGAGCGUUGCAAUUCAAACUCCUGACCCAGGCAGAAAAGGCAUCACGAAAUCAAGGUGCAGAGGUUACUGAUGGACCUGAUGGGCCAUUUUCAGGUUUGCAGUUGAACACCAGAAAGGCAGAGUCCAGGGAGCAGCCAGCGUGGAAAGAAAGAAAAACAGAGGUCAGAAGAGUCCCACAAAGCACUCCAGAUGCCGUGCCUGAGAGGAAAAGAACAACACCCAUGAACCCUGCAAACAUUUUCCAGAGAAUUUCCAGUGGAGUUUCUGGACGACCAUUCAAGGACAGGGUGAUUCACUUGUUGGCUCUGAAGAAUUACAAGAAACCAGAGUUACUUAAUCACUUGCAGAGAGAUGGAGUCAUACAAAAGGACAGGGAUUCCCUUGAAAUGAUCCUUCAGCGGGUGAGAUCCUGA